CGUCAUUGUCAUAAUUAGUUUCGUUUACGUUUACUUUUCAAUACUCGUAAUGAAUACAAAAUGUAUUUGUUUUCAUUGUUCAUAAAAAAAUAACUUAACUCAAGAGUUCUCAUAUUAAGUUUUCGUAUUUUAGUGUAAUUUUAUAGAUGUCAAACUAUUGUUUACUAUCAAAAUGAUUGAACUCUCGGCGAAACUUACUACUGGAACAGUUUAUUUAGCUGGCGAAGCAAUAGAAUGUGCUAUAACAUUUUCCCACACAGCACAACCAGAGCAUAGGAAUUCCCAAAGUCACAGUGACAUCUUAGAAAACUUGGCAUGGGCGUCAGCACAAAUACACUGUUUCUUCUCAACGUCUAAAAAUUCCGGAGAUAAAACCCCUGUGAUCGAAAAAACAACUGCUUUAGAAGUUACAUCCUGUGAUAUUGGUGAUGUCAUUUUUCACACAAAGCCAAAAAUAUUAUUCUGUGACUUGACUAUACCUUUGGGUGAAACUAAAACAUUUUGGUAUAGGGAAUCACUACCAAUAGAAGCCCCACCUUCAUACAGGGGGACAGCUGUAAAAUAUUCUUACAAGAUAACAAUAGCAACACAAAAAGUUGGUUCUCAUAUUAAAAUGGUUAGAAUACCUUUUAGAGUAUUACCUAUUAGUCCUAUUAUGAACAUGCAAGACUUGUCAGCUCUUUGUGGCAAUGAGACAACAGAAGAACUCCAACCGACUAAUCCAUUUUCUGAGGAAAGAAAAGUAGAAACACCUCUCACUAUGGCUCUACAGGUUUUACAGAAUCUCACUGCAAGAAGAAGUCCUAAUUCGUACAUGAUUACAAAUGCUAGGGGCAGAGUCGGAAGAUUCUGUUUAUUCAAAUCUGCUUACAAAUUGGGAGAGGACAUUGUGGGUACUUUUGACUUCUCAGUUGGUACUGUCACUUGUAUGCAGGUAUCAGUGUCAUUGCAACCCGAAGAAAUUAUGAAAACUAAUACUCCAACAAAAAAUGUCAACAAAGAGAACUCGAGUAGAUCAAUGACUGUGGCUAGAUGUCAUGAGGUUACUCUAGGUCUUACACAUUCCCAGCUCAUCCUGCCAAUACCAUUACACAUAACACCUGCCUUUGAAGGAGAUGAAGUAUCUCUAAGUUGGCGACUUCACUUUGAAUUUGUGACAAGCAAUGAGAAGCUGUUUCCAACAUCAGAAGAUAAGGACUGGAAUGCACCCCUUAAUGUUCCAAUAGAAACAAUGGUCUGGAACCUGCCUGUUAAGAUUUACUCUACACAACCGAAGCAAAUCACACAACAGACUGUAGGAAGUGAUGCAUAUACAUUAUAUAUAAAAUAAAUAUAUAUACAGAUAAUUGUUUUAUAAGAAAAAUUCAUAAUUUAUUAUUAAAUAGUUUAUUCCUC